AUGGUCCUUCUCAACACCUGGUCCAGCUCUAGUCCUAGGGUCUGCACUACGUUCGAAAACGGCGAUGUAAGAAGCCAGAUUGACUUUCUUGCGAUGCGACGGCCCACUGCUGACGCCCGAGCCAGACUGGCCCGACCUGAUGCCAUCCAACAGGCACCGCCCGCGGUUGGUAUUCGCUCGGCCAUGGCCGCGCUUCAGCGCACAAUGGCGUUCAAGCAAGCCAGUAGGAAACUUAGGCAGGCUAGUAGAGCGGCUAGGCGGGACUGGUUUGAGGCUAGGAUAAGGGAAGCGGAGCAGGCUGCCGAACGACAUGAUAUAGGCGGUGUCUAUCGUGUUCUGAACUUGCUUGCACCCAAGCGUAGACGCGAGCAGGUCCGCAUCAAAGGCCCGGCGGGGGAACUGCUAGGACCCAAAGCGGAGUUUGAGGAAAUCUUUGCUUACUACCAGAAGGUCUUUAGCAGGGACGUGCCAUUCGAUUUACCCAAGGCUCCGGUUGACGCUGUUAGUGAGGAUGAUGUUCUGGAGGCCAUUGGAAUGCUCAAAGGGGGAAAGGCGGUUCCACCUAGCAGUGUGCCUACGGAAAUUUGGCUGCUCUGCCCGGCGGAGUAUGCUGCAUUCCUAACGCCUCGCCUCAAUCCCGGGGAGGAUGGCACUGCUAACUACCCACCCGCCAGCAUGAGCGGGGACCUGGCCAUGGAGGACGCCCUGGCGGAGCAUGCCCGGGAGGAGCUGGCGACGGUUCUUGGCCAGAAGGAGACCGACAUGGAGCGGGAGACCGGGAAGUCUCCGCAGAAGGAGCUGGAGGAGGACGGAGAGCGCCGCCCCAAGUGGCAGAGAGAAAACAACAAAGGGGGCAAAGGACAAUCCUCCAAUUCUUGGGAGGGAUGGCGCACGGGAAAGAGGCAGUGGGAGCGUGGCCAGCAGAAGGAGAGCGGGGAGACGGCCACGGAGGACAAUCACCAGACCAAGGAGCUCCUCAAGUGCCUCGUGAAGAUGUCGGUCCGGCACGAGCAGGAGCUGAUGCGCAUCAGGCCAGAUGUGGGGUUCAUAGCAUUCUGCGAUACCUCAGACCUCGGAUGCAUGCACCUGCUGAAGACCGUCGCAAAGAGCUGGUCGGACCUCUACACGCAGGGGAAGGUGACCUCCUCUCUCAAGGUCAUAAUGGCAAUGGCCAUGAUGAAGGAUAUCCGCGAGCGGGCGGAGAAGGCACUCCAGGACGAGGAGCAGCUCCAACGCUGCUUCAACGUUGGCUGGGUGCAGCAGGGAGCCACGGCGCUGGAUCCAGUGUGGGUGUACCACACGUGGAAUGCCAAGGAGAAGAAACAAGAGGUGGCAGAGACGCCACCCCUGAAGCACUCGGAGGUGAUGAGGCUCCUGGACCUACUGAUCGAGCACCUCCCGCGGGAGGGUGUGCUCACCCGCUUCGCUUCCACAAAGCGGCUGGAUCUGAUGCAGGAGUUCAAGACGGAGGUGGUCCCGAUGAUGCUGCAGCUAAGCCUGAGGGGGAACUCAAGCCAGCUAUGCUACGACGCUCUGAAGGCCUUGAGCGGGAAUGCGGUCAUGAAGCUCCAGGGAGUGCGCUGGAGGCCGGAGAGGGCUCAGAAGCCUCCAUUGGCCAAAGCUCUGGAGGAGGCCUAUUUGGCAACCGCUUUCUGCGAUUGGGCGCCGAGAGACCAGCAGUCGUGGGCGGUGCUAUGGAUCGUGGAGCUCACCGGUGUUGCGGUGGGAAGGCUGAAGGCUGAGGCGUGGGAAGUUUGCUGGGAGGCACGCCUCUCUAAUCCUGCGCGUGUCACUGACGGAGGCACGCUGCUCCAAGCUCUUCCACUGCCGAUUGCAGGCGACCGGCUGGCGGUACCAGUGUUUGAGGGGCCAAACGGCCUGGACCUUCGGCAUGUUGUGGCCGAUGAAGAACUGGAGCUGCUCCGCUGCCUACGUUCCUUUCUGCCUGUGCACAAGCACCAACCCUCCUUCACAUUGCUGACCAGAAAUGAACUGGUGACGGUGGCGCGUGAGCUGCUUGAUGACGAGUCGUGGUCAGUCUUCAAUGGUGUCGCAUCGCGGGGGAGCGAGGGACAGGAGGCGGAGGUGUUCGUCUCUUUUCCACCGCCGUGUUACCGUGACAUCACGACCGCCUCAGAGGCUGAGAAGGUGGCGGAAAUGUGCCUGCGGGAAGGUUCAGGCUCACUCUGGUCCUCGGCCAGGGAGGUACUCCGCUGUCUUUGCUUCGAGGAGGAUCCACGUGAUAUUGCCAAUGGUCAGGUCUUCCGCAUGGGUCUUUACUGUAAAGGCGGGAUACUUGGAGUGGCUAAGCAAUCGUGGAAUCAUGUUGCGGCCGCCAGACUGCUGAAUGCUGCGGUGUUGGCCACCUGCAGGGAUCAUCACUGGACAAGCCUCAGUGUUAACCUGAACAACAAGGCUUCUUUGCACGUGGAUAAGAACAAUGCCCCGGGCCAUAGUGUGCUCGUUGGGUUCACCAAUCAUCGUGAGGGAGAGCUUUUCGUGGAGGAUCGCCUGGGCGGGCGCCUGGUUCAGGAGGGCACUGUUCGACUGCGUGGUAGUGUCUUUGACACUCGCGCCUCCGCUGUGAUCUUCGAUGGGCGCAACCUCAUCCACUGCACGCUUCCCUGGCAGGAUUGUCGAUGCAUAGUGGUUGCUUACACAGUGGGACCUCAUCACAGCAUGACCCUCGAGCAACG